GUCAAUAUUUUUAUUUUACUAUAGAAUUUGAAGAAGUAACUAUGCACUCAUAGUUAUUAAUUUUCUCAUAAAGUGGUGCUCUGAAAUACAAAAUUUUGAAUCGAAGAAUAAUUUGAAAAAUUGAUAUCUUUUUUAGGUUUUAUUUGUGUUUUGAAUUUUUUAGGUUUUUCAACCUACUACUCUAGUCAAAAUGAAGUGUUACGUAAGUCUCGUAUGUUUCUUAAGUGUUAUCGUGUUCGUGAAUUCUGCCCCGUAUAAUAAUAACCCAGGUACCCAACUACAGCUUGGAAGCAACGACAAUGGAGGAGGACUAACUAAUAUUUUAUCACAAAUUGAUUUACCAGGAUUAUUACAAGGAAUUAAUAGUUUUGUAAAAUUAAUUGGAACAUUUUGCACCCCUUGUGGGCAGGUAUUGGACAAUGUUAUCCAAAAUGUAACAAGUACCGCUUUUCGAAUAUUCGGUAGGGCUAUUUUACAAGGAGGAGCUCUUGGCGGUAGAUCGGGAGGAGGAGGCGGUGGAAACACAGUAAAUGUAGUCCUCCCUACUUUCCCGCCAGACGAAGAUGAUUACGACGAAGACGAAACUAGUUCCGAAGUAUCAGAAGAAACAAAUAAAAAUUCGGCAACCGCAGCGACUAAUCUACAAUCGGAUUUGAUAACUUCUUCUCCGUUAGACGAAAACAACUUGAUAUCGAAGAGACACAUAAGAGCCGUAGUAGACGACCAAGCACUAGCAGAAUCAGCUCCUGAACCGGCGGAUCUUGCAGACAUAGAAGACGACCAAGAUCGGAAUAAGAGAUUCCUACCUUUCGGAGGUGGUGCCGGCUCCGGAGGGUCUGGAAAUUUCUUAUUCGAUAUUGUCAGGAAUACAGCUGAUCGCGCUGCCCGAAUGGUAGGCACCGUCUACAGGAUGGUUGCUGGUACGCAACACUUCGGAUGGAAUCCCGAUAGCAACACAGACAAACCUCAGAACUCAGACUAUAUCGCAGCUCAAUCCUCACCAGCUGUGCAGCUUGUAGCGGGAUCAGGAGCCACCGAAGAAUCUGACGAAAAAGCAAACGCUCCAGAUGGCGCUGAAAGCGAAGCACAGCAUAAAAGCGUAGACGCUCAUUACAGUGAAGGAAUUCCCGGACCAGUCACCAGAUUACUCGUCAUUGCAAACAGAGGUUUAGCUAAUUUAAUCCAAGAUUUAAUCCUUCGCUUAGCCCAAACCAGUGAGAAAUUAGUCAAUUUCAAGGCUCGUCUGAUAACAUCCCUCAUCUAAGAAAAUGAUGCCAUUUAUUCCAUAGACGUAUUUCUAUAUUUUUUUUGUACAGAGAUGUUUCUAUAUACCUACCCAAAGCUGUCGAGAUUUUUAAUAAACUCUACUACGAUGGGUACAUUAUAGAAAUUUGAAAUUAUCAGUUUUUAAUUAAUUUAUCAACCCCUUUUUUUGUUAUUUUAUUUAAAUUUGUAUAUAGCGAUAGUAUUCUUAUUCGGAUGUUGUCUUGAAAUUUUAUAUCACUUUUCUUGCCAAUUUCGCACCUUUUUCUAUCUAUUAUAUUCGAAAAAAACCAAGUUUUCCCUUAAAAACAAAAAUUUCCCAAUUAAUUUUGAUAAAGAAAUAACUUUUCAAUAAUUAUAUUCCAUCGUUAUUUAAAAAUUUCUCAAUACAACCCUGUUACUAUUUAUUUUAAUUUCUCGCACCAGUGAAAUCAAAAGUGGGAUAAAAUUGUUUUUUUAAUUUUCUUUUUUAAUAUUCUUGACUAAUAUUGAAACUUGGUAUAUGUAUUAUCUAUAUCUUCAAUAUUCUUUUGUGGAAUAUAAUAACCUGAAGAAUUGCUCACCUUAAAGCUAUUAAAAUGUCAAAAAUGAUUUAUCUUGAUCAGUGCAGAGCUGUAGAUAGAAUUUUUUGUUAAUAUCCUUGUAUAGAUGUAUGAUAAAAAUAAUUUUGUUAUAAUUUGUGUUACUAUUGUAGAUUUCUACUUGUAAAUUGAUUAUAUAUUUUAUUAUUGUGAACAUUUGAAUAAAACUUUUUUUACUAA